AAUAUUUUUAUUAUUUAAUUCAAAAUGUCCUUGUUACGCAGUGUUGCUGUUGUAAUUGCACUUGCGAGGCCUAUUAACAGAGCCGGCACAGUUCAAACAUGCCGUCACAUAAAGCGGUGGGUGUCACCGACGUUACGUGAACUUGCACACCGUGUACAAAAACAGGGACCACAGAAACCGGAGCCACGUUCUGGAUUUGUUGAAUGGAACUAUCGGUCAGAGCUGUUUGCCUUUGGCAAGCGGCUGAAUGAGGAAUUUGAGCUGCCCCUUCUGCAGAGGGCUUUCACACAGCGCACAUAUGCGCACCAGGAACAGGAGCGCCAACGAAAACUGGGAAUUGAUGAGGCGGAUUUACAUACAGCUGACAACAGUGAACUGGCUGCUAAGGGAGCGCAUAUUGCCAAAGCUUAUGUGGAUGCCUAUGUACAACAUGCUCUGCCCAAACUGCCGGCGAUUGGACGUGAAGCGAUUUCCUCAUACCUGCUGAGCGAUGAGACUUUAGCUCAUGUAUCCACACACCUAGGCACCAAAGAGCUAAUCUUUGCUACUGAAUAUCCGCCCAGCAACGAAACGUUGUCAAACACACUGCAAGCUGUUAUCGGCGCACUAGCGGAUUCAAGUGGAAUGGAGCGCGCUUUUCUGUUUGUGCGAGAUUUUAUUUGCACGCAACUGAAUCAGAAGGAUUUGCUGGAGAUAUGGACACCUGAACAACCUAUGCAGCUACUUGCUGAAGUCUGCACGCAGCGUCAAUUGGGUGAACCGGAGCCUCGCUUGCUAGGCGAUUGUGGCAAGAACACGGUGCUGUCUGCUUUCCAUGUGGGAAUCUAUGCAAAUCGUCAAUUGCUGGGAAAGGGCUACGGCGAGGAUGUGAAGACGGCUACGGAAACGGCUGCAAUUGAUGCACUGCAGACGCUUUUUGAGAUGCACGACAAUCGUCGUCCGUUUGACUUUCGUAUUCAACUGGAGACGAAGAACGUGAGGCUUGGUUAGCUUGAGGAGAUGUUCGUUAAUUAUUUGAUAUAUUUAAUUUGUCCUAAACACAUGUACUUCCUGAAUGAUUAAUAUACAUUGAGUUGGAAUAUCAUUAACA